GGGGGCACGAGGCCCGAUGUUAUUUACCUGCCUAAGGCCGGGUUCACUAGUUUACCUGCCGGAGGGUUGGUUGUCGCCCCGUUAACUCAAGGAACGUUAUGGAAUCUUUCGUCAAUUAGAUAUUCUCCAGAACCUUCAACAGGCCAGACAUUGUUCGCUUGUGACACAGAACACUUACAUCGGUCACUUAUCUUCACCCGCUUGUGUUCAUUAUAGACAUCAAGCUUGACUUAUCUACGAAGACUGGCACUUAGCAACAAAUAUCACGUUAGGCAAACGCUGAAACCUACUGGAAACACGAUAUUGGACAUUUAAACAAAUAAAUUAUUCUGUCUGCGAGCUGAGGUCUUCAUCCCAAUUUACCAGGGACUUUAUUGCUCAAAUUGGCUGUCACCGGAUACCUAACACUCUGACGGUGUUGUACAAGCUAAGCAUGAAUGAACACAAGUAAAUAGGAAACUUACUUAAGUAAACGCCGCAAGAUAACUAUCAAUACAUUUCUGGACUACACAGACCUAGAUUGCUUGCUGUAGUCUAUCCACCAUUGACUUAAAAUGUCUCUGGAGGAGAGGAACCUAUCCUCAGAACAUUUCGCUAAUCUAACUUGUGCCACAGAGAACCUGUCUCCGUACACCAACACGGCGGGGUACGCUGAACAGCCUGCCUACUACUCUACCUCAGACUACGACUGGCAGCAUCAUCCUCAUCACCCCAUCAUCAGCCCAGAAAGACACUACUACACGUCUUAUGGCGAAGGGCUGGACAUAGCCGCCCAGGAGUAUCACGACUAUCCCCAUCAAGCUGUAACACACUCAGACUUUUACUCCGCGGGCCAUGUCCUGUGGACGCCUUCGAGCCAAUCGGAUCCUCUGAGCCCCGAACAGCACACUCGAUUCUUUUCCGGCAUCGACCUUGGCCCCCAUGCAAGUCUACAGCAACCCAACAUUACAAACUCGGUCAGCGGCAAACCCAAAAGAAAACGUGUCCAGUCACACACACAACGCAAGGCAGCCAACGUAAGGGAAAGAAAAAGGAUGUUCCACCUCAACGAAGCCUUCGAUGAACUCAGAAAGAGGCUUCCAGCGUUCAACUACGAAAAGCGUCUUUCGCGCAUCGAGACCCUGCGCUUGGCUAUGACCUACAUUUCCUUCAUGAAAGAAGUCAGCGUGGGCAGGGAUCCCAAGUGCGUUAAGCUCCGGCCACACGGGGCGGACCUCUCCCCACUGAGCGUGUCCAGCUCUCUGUACAAGGACGGCGACAUGAAUGACGAGAACCACCUGAACGCAGACAGCGACUGCACCAACGACGAACUCAGUAACCACAGCAGCAGUCACUAGCAUUUCAUCAGCUUUCACUAUGACGCUGCAAGCCUGAAGGACCUCGACUCUGGUUAACACCUGAUCCCUAUUCAUCAAUUCAAAACUCUUGUGCUUAGCAAUACCAUUGCGAGACACUGUAGCAAUGAAAGAAGAUUAGAGCCAGCAGAGCCACAACUAUUCUCAGCUAAGUCUUGGCUGCUCAAGGUUCUUAGAGAUUUUUUUUUAAUCUUCCACUAACAAUGAUAAAUACAGUUAGAUUUUUUUCCAGACAUUUUCAUUGACACUUCUGUCACGUGAUACAAACAUUAAAAGCAAUGUUGGACUCCAAGCAAUAAAAACAUGGUGCCUUGUGUAUAGCCAUGCUUCACUGACCUAUACAAUGUGUUGAUAAACUGCCUUACAUUUGUUGAAUCCUAUUUCUUCCACGUUUUGUAACAUCUUCAUUGCCUAUAGAUGUCUUGAUUUGUAGAGGGUGGGAUGAUUUGAACAUCUGCUAUUGUAACGACAUUUAUCUGUAUUCUUGUGCUAUUCAUUUUGCUAUUGCCUUCUCUAUCUCUUCAACAAACUCUAGAACACUUUUAUGCUAUCUGAAGUGAGGUAACCAGAGCUACAUCAAUCAAUUUUAUUCAUAUGAAAAGUGCGUUCACUGUAGCAAAUAUUUAAAUACACAAAGAACAAAAAAUGCCAGAUAUAAAAUCAUCUCAUUCUUUGAAAUACAAAUCAGUCUUAAGGCACUCCAAACUUUUCGCCUAAUGUAUAAUCUGCCUUUUUAGUAGUGGUAUUGAUUUCUAUAUACCUUCUACACAUUCCCUGGUUUUAAUGAUGCGAUUCAUUCAAUCUUUUUUUUUUCUUAAAGAGACAAGAUUUCAAUUUAAUUUCAACAUUCCAAAUUAUGUGUUCAUGUAAAAGUAUUAGCCUUUGCUACUGUUUUGAAUGAGUUCAGUUUUGAUCACUUUUAAUUCACUGUCUAACCUUAGUUAUUCGUCUCUUCUAGCUAUUUAAUUAUAACAACGUUUUCUCAUUUCUCUUACAAAGUUAUUUUCUUUUAGUCUCAAUCCAUCGUUUAACAGGAAUAACAUUGUCUCGCCUUAAAUCCCCAGCACUAACAUUAUGUAUCAAUUAAUUCAUCGUCUGCAAGGCAGUGUUGCUUAUAACAAAUCCAUUGUAUGCCAUCGAAUAGUUGUGUCUCCCAUCCAGCGCCAAAAAAACAACAA